AAGGGGACAAGGUAGUUUGGCAUGCGUGUGCUUGUUUUUACGAUUUGUAUAGUUUACCUUUCUAAAUCAGCUGUUUGUGUAUUUUAUGUCUACCUCGUGAUAUUUUACGAGUCAAACUGGUUUUACUGUUCAUGCUGGAGGACUACGACGGGCGAUCAGCUAGCUCAUCGUUGUAGUUUCCCGCUAAUUCUUUACACUUCUGCGGAGCCAGCGCCACAUUUUCGGUAUUACAGGCCCACCCGAGUCGUGUAUGUAACAACCACCCUUGAUGUGACGUCUCUCUGGCGAGGCAAGGCAAGGCAGCGCGUAUAAGUGCUCUCAAGUUGCUCCCUUAUUUGCUUUUUUGUGGGGAGCUGCCACCACUAUCGGUACCAAGCAUGCCCAUCAUCAGAACCCUCAGCAAGGUGGCCAAGCAGGCCGUGCUCAGCAGCCCGGUGUGCAGCUGCCAGCCCUUGGCGGUGGCCGUGCGCAACAUCAGCUUCUCCCCUCGCCAGGUGACGUCCGACGCCAGCUUCCACUCUGUGUCCUUCUCUGAGACGGACCACCCCAAGGUGCUCAUCACAGGUGGCCUUGGACAGCUCGGCGUGGGGCUGGCCAAACUCUUACGGAAGCGAUUUGGAAAGAACAACGUGAUUCUGUCCGAUAUCAGGAAGCCAUCGAGCAAUGUUUUCCACAGCGGCCCAUUCAUCUACUCUGACAUCCUGGACUACAAGAACCUGCGUGAAAUCGUGGUGAACAACCGCAUCACCUGGCUGGUCCACUACAGCGCCCUCCUCAGCGCCGUGGGCGAGGCAAACGUGGCGCUGGCAAGAUCCGUGAACAUCACCGGGCUUCAUAACAUCCUGGACAUUGCCGCCGAGCACGGCCUGCGUCUCUUCGUCCCCAGCACCAUCGGCGCCUUCGGCCCCACUUCUCCUCGUAACCCCACGCCAGAUCUUUGCGUGCAGAGGCCUCGCACCAUCUACGGCGUCUCCAAAGUCCAUGCUGAGCUCAUGGGCGAGUACUACCAUCACCGAUACGGCCUAGACUUCCGCUGUCUUCGCUACCCGGGAAUCAUCUCCGCUGACUCCAUGCCUGGUGGCGGCACAACAGACUAUGCCGUCCAGAUUUUCCACGAUGCCAUCAAGACGGGGAAGUUCGAGUGCUUCCUGAAGCCCGACACGCGUCUGCCCAUGAUGUACAUCGACGACUGCCUGCGCGCCACGCUGGAGGUGAUGGAGGCGCCCGCCGACAUGCUGAGCAUGAGGACGUACAACAUCAACGCCAUGAGCUUCACCCCCGAGGAGCUGGUGCAGGAGCUCCGCAAGCACGUGCCCGAGCUGGAGGUCACGUACAAUGUGGACCCCGUCCGACAGGCCAUCGCCGACUCCUGGCCGAUGAACUUCGACGACUCCAACGCCAAGAGAGACUGGGCCUGGAAGCACGACUACGACCUGCCCGAGCUCGUCCAGACGAUGCUCAACUACCUGAGCGCUGAAAUGCGCAUGGCCCGCGCCAACUGAGGCGUCGGCAACGGCGGCUCCUCGUUGUACAUAAAAAUAAUGUAAAGACUGACCAAAGAGGCUGGAUGAGAAACAUGGCGUGUACAUAGUUGUUCUCUCGGUGCAAAUACGAAGGGCUCCUCCGCUCGCCCGGCUGCCCGGCAUGAUGAAUGUGAAGGUUGGCGCGGGUGAGACACCCCCCCACACACAAACGCACACAAUUUGCUGUCUGGGAAAAAAAAGAGAACAAAGCUUUUGACCUUUUGACUCCGCUUGUCACUUGGGCAGAGAGCGGUGAAACCAGUUCUGCUUUUGCUGCAUCACCAACGAUUGCGUAACUUUUUUAGUGUUCAGGGCUGAAAAACACAAAAAGCAAAUGAUAAUAAUUCAAUGUCUUGUUGGAUUUACAGAUAUAAAAGGUGUGCCCUUUUAUGCAUUUUAGCAGGGUUUCUAUCCUAAUUACUGCGUAAACACGUCAUCGAUCAAGUGCAGAAAAGGGAAAAGGGGGGGUGAUUUCUGAUACAGGACAUCCGUAACAAAGAACUUCUUCUGUUUAUUCCACAUAACUUUAUUUAUUCUUUCUAUUGGUGUCCGGUGAUUGCUUUUCUUAACGCUUAUUUUUCCAUCAACACUGUGGGACUAUGUGGACCCAAAUGGGGAAUAUUAUUAUUAUUAUUAUUAUUAUUCCUAUUAAGGUAUUGUGUUAGAAGGGAAACAUCUCCUGUUGUUUCGAUCAGGCAAAUAAACCACUUUGUUCCCACAUUUCUCUUGUUUUUGUUACCUUACUCAUUUCCUCAACAUCAUUUUGUAUAAAACCAUACCACAGUAGUUCAUGAGGAACCACCCUACACAACCCUGACACCUACUUGUUGCUUACGCAUUAGUUCCUCAGUCACUACAUUUAUGUGCCUUAGUCAUUAGUUCCUCUUACUGCUUUAAAUGUAAGUGCCUUAGUCAUUAGUUCCUCAUUAGUUCCUGUAACUACUUUAUGUGCCUUAGUCAUUAGUUCCUCAUGAGUUGUUGACUUGUUCCUCAGUAACUACUGUAUUUGUUUUGUACCUUACUGUAAAGUAAAGAUUAAAGCAUGCAUAUUGUUGUGUGUCA